AUGGGCGAUUCAGCAGACAACUCCACUGGCCCUCCCCCGGGGGAGUCUCCCGUUACUGCAACAGGCCUCUUCAUCCCUCCAAGUAUAGAUCACUCUCAGCUCUUCGCCGGAGAGUCCUACUCUUACUAUUCACCUUGUCCUCCUGUCAUUGCAGCCUCCAAAGUCACUGAAUCUGCUACGAGCUCUUCACCAAAUCGCCUUGUCUUGGGCGUAGACGAGGCCGGACGCGGUCCAGUUCUAGGCCCCAUGGUCUACAGCGCUUUUUACUUGCCCCAAGAUCUGCACCAUUCCCUCUUGACUCGUGAUUACAGUUUCAACGACAGCAAAGUUCUCACGCCCGGCGUGCGCGCUAAUCUCAUGAAGCUAUUAUGCACCCCGGGAAAUCCCCUACACGAAUCCUGCGGAUGGGCCGUGAAGCUACUAUCAGCGCGUGACAUCUCGUCCGGUAUGAUGCGGCCUGGAGCGGGAGCUUAUAACUUGAAUGCGCAGGCAAUGGAUGCUACAAUUGAACUCAUCCGUGGGAUCAUUGAGGAUCGCGACAUGGAUGUUCGAGAGGUCUACAUCGAUACGAUUGGAAACCCCGCAACCUACCAACAGAAACUCGAAAAGAUAUUCCCAUCACUCAGAAUCACCGUGGCGAAGAAGGCCGACUCGUUAUAUCCGUGCGUGAGUGCUGCAAGCGUUGCUGCCAAAGUCACCAGAGACGUCGCAUUGGAUCUCUGUCAUCAGGCUAUAUAUGAAGACGUCCGUUCGGAAGAUGCAUCGGAGGCGGUGGUGCCACAGAGUUGGGGAAGCGGCUAUCCCUCUGAUUCAAAGUGCGCUAAUUGGUUGAAGAAGAACAUGGAUCCGAUCUUCGGAUGGGGCAACGAAUGCCGAUUCAGUUGGGGCACCGCCAAAGAGUUGCUCGAAUUGAAGGGAAGGCCAAAGGUCGACUGGCCUGGAGAAGAAGAAGAAAAUACGCAGCUCAGGGACUUCCUCUUAUCUUCAACCAGUAACACUACUAAAGCUCAGCACGAGCUACUGGAAUGGUACGGGUCAAGGUCCACUGAGGUCCUCUCUUAG